GCAAAGAGCAAACUUGCUGUUACUGGGCAACACGAAAACAACAGCUAAAAAUGGACACUGUCUUGGAUCCAUUUACUGCACUGGACUCCUUCUCCUCCCCUUAUUUUGAUGACGAUGAUUUCUUUACUGACCAGUCCUCCAGGGACCACUUGGACACCGACGAGUUUCUGGAUGAUGAUGUCGACUUUCUCACCAGCCAUUUCCAAGAUUACUACAAGGAUAGCAGGAUAGCGCAUGAUGGGGACUAUUGUGAUAUUGGUAACUUGUCCUUCUCUUCCUCCUCAUCUACCUUCUCGUAUGAGUGCACUGACAGCACCUCAGAACUGUCGCCUCAGAUGGGAGGAGAUGGCCCGAUGCUAAAAAGGCGGAGGCGGAUGAGAUCCGAUAAGGAGAUGCAACAAUUGCGGCAGGUUGCCAACAUCCGCGAGCGGCGGAGGAUGCAGUCCAUUAACGUUGCUUUCGAGGGACUCCGGUCUCACAUCCCCACUCUACCGUACGAGAAGAGGCUAUCCAAAGUAGAUACUCUGCGCCUGGCCAUUGGCUACAUCAACUUCCUCGCUGAGCUCGUGCAGUCGGACAUGUCCAUCCGAAACUCCAACAGCGACGCACUGACUCAACCCAAAAAAGUUAUAAUUUGCCACAGAGGAACAAGUAAGAAGCCUACAUUUCAUAUGGUUAGAUAAUGACUAUGAUAAUGACUUAACUUUGAACUGUAUUGUUACUCAUUUGUUAAAGACUAAUAAUUUGUCCCCUUAUCAGGAUCUCCAUCUCCAAGUGACCCUGACUACGGGCUGCCUCCCCUCGCGGGACACUCUCUGUCCUGGAAAGACGAGAAAGAGCUGAAAGACCAGAACGUAAUCAGAACCGCUAAAGUCUGGACACCUGAGGACCCACGGAAACUGCACAUGAAAUCCUCCCUGUCCAAUAUUGAAAACGAGCCUCCUUUCAGCUUAAUCUCAGCCCAAUAAAUAUUAUGUUAUGUUUAUGUCUAAAAGUAUGUAUUGUUAUACACACAUUGUAAAUCCAUGUUAAUAUAUAACGUUCUCUUAACGUUGAUUCUUAUGUAACGUUGAUUAUUUACGUGUAAAUAUUAUAUUUAUAUGUCAAUGUUCUCUAUUCACAAUUCAGGC